CUUUAAAACAGUUGUUGACAAAAAAUACAUAUAUGUAUACCAAAUAAUCGUUCGCUGAAAUACGCUUAGAAAUAUAUCUCUUUAAUAUCUGUCAUUAUCAGAGAGCACUACAGACAUUCAACACUUUUGACCGCCUUUUUUGAAAGUUUUGUGUCAAAUCGAUAUGUUAAUCAGUGAAACAAUGAAAAAAAUUCCUUUACUAAAAUAUUCACAUCAAGAAAAUAAACAUAUCGAACAAUAUUCCGAAAAACAAUUGAAAGUAAUCGUAUACGAUACUGUACGGUCAAUAAAAGAUCCAGAAAAGCCAUUUAACUUGGAAGAUUUAGAUGUAGUUUAUGAAGAUGGUAUAGAGGUAUCUAAAGGUCUCAAUGGAGAUGAAUAUGUAUAUCGGAUAAGAGUAGAGUUUAAACCGACUAUUCCUCACUGCAAUCUCGCUACCUUGAUAGGGCUCUGUAUCAGAAUGAAGCUGAAGGAAAAUCUUCAUGUAAGAUACAAGUUAACAAUCCGAGUCAAAGAAGGAUCUCACGUUUUAGCAGACGAUGUUAAUAAACAAAUAAACGACAAGGAAAGAGUUGCUGCUGCAAUGGAAAAUAAAUCACUCAAGCAAUUCGUCCUAAAUUGCAUCAAAAAUGAAGAAUGACCAGUCGCUUUAUGCUUUAAAAUUUAAAUUUAAAAUAUUAAUUAAUUAAUUAUUAAUUAAUUUAAAAUAUUAAUGCAUUAAAAAUGUUAAAUAAAUCUCAUGUUCCACA